UAUAAGUGUAAUGGAUUACAUGAAAAGCUAUUAGAGUUCUUGUCAGUUAGUCUAUCGUGUUCUAUUUCAAUCAGACGUAUAUUUUCUUUCCAGUAUACUCCUGAGUGUAUUGCCGUUAGGUGGUUUAAAAGUUAGAAGAAAAUAUAUUAUCAUGAAAUUAUUAAUAGUUAUAGUAGUGGCAUAUCUUUUGACUAUCAACAUUGGAAUUACAAACAGUGCAAGAAUUUUGGCUAUAUUUCCAAUUCCUUCUUACAGUCAUCAAAUAGUUUAUAACUCUAUCUCCAAACAUUUAAGUUUACGAGGUCACCAAGUUACUUUAGUUACACCAAAUCCGAUAAACGACACAAAUCUGAAAAAUUUCACCCAGAUCGACAUCAGUAAUAAUUACAUACUACUAAAAAAUGUCAACUUCUACAAAGCAAGAACAAUGUACACAUGGAUUGAUUUACUCAGGAUUUAUUUAUUUGAAAUAAGCCGAAAUUUCUCCAAAAAUGUUUUUGAUCAUCCUGACUUUAAAAAGAUAUACGCGCCGGAAAGCAAUGAGAAGUUCGAUCUUGUUCUAGUCGAAGCAAUACUAACGCCAGCCAUUUAUGCAUUUGGAUACAGAUUCAAAGCUCCUUUAAUAGGUAUGAGUUCGUUAGCGCUUACACAAUUAUCUCAUUUUAACCUUGGUAAUCCAGUGAUACCGUCACAUCCUUCGUCGUUCGAGUUGAAUAAAAGCCUUGGUUCGAAUUUACCUUUUUGGACAAGAGUAUACAAUUAUAUCGUAACAUGGUGGCACAUACACGUAACUUGCAAUAAUAAAAUGUACAAACCGCAACAAGAAAUUGCAGAAAAAUAUUUGGGCAAAAUACCUUCUAUCAUAGAAUUAGAAAAGAACAUGAGUAUCCUAUUUGCAAAUCAGCAAGAAGAAAUUUCAUUUACCCGGCCCAACGUCGCUAAUGUUAUAAAUUUUGGAGGCUUACAYAUAUCAAAUGAUAUUAUAAAUAAACCUUUAUCGAAGGAAUUAAAAAAAUUCAUAAAUAAUGCGUUUAAUGGUUUCAUUUACGUCAGUUUUGGAACAAACGUGAAUCCAUUAACGUUUUCGAAUAUAUUGUUGGAUUCAAUUUUCCAUGUUUUCUCAAAUUUACCAAUGAAAGUUCUAUGGAAAUUCAAGGGAAACUUUUCAAAAAUAUCAAAUAAUAUAUAUACUGCAGAAUGGUUUCCGCAACAAAACAUCCUGGCGCAUCCAAAUUUGAAGCUGUUCGUUUAUCAAGGUGGACUUCAAAGUACAGAAGAAGCUAUACACUUUGGAGUACCACUUGUUGCAAUACCAGUAUUAGSUGAUCAAGAUAUGGUAGUCAUGAAAAUGAAAAGCUUAGGGGUAUGCAGGAGUGUCGAUAUUUUACAAAUGACUAGAGAAGCUUUAAACGAAGCGAUUAUGGACGUAUUAAAUAACACAAGCUAUAAAGAAAAUAUGUUGAAACUUAAAAAUCUCAUGAAAGAUAAACAAUUUGACACCAUGGAAAACGUCAUUUGGUGGAUAGAAUAUGUUAUUCGUCAUAAGGGAGCAAAUCAUCUCCGUUCUAGCAUUGUAGAUGAGCCGUGGUAUCAAAGAUACGACACUGAUGUUAUCGCCCUAUUAUCUAUUGUAUUGUUUAUAAUUGCCGUCUUUAGCCUAUACAUUACUGUUAAUGUAUUCGUAAUUAUUAUAAAAUAUUACGCAACCUUAUUAUCCAAAGAAAAAAAUAAAAAGAAAUUGAGCUAGUUGAAUAAUU